GGUCCACCUUGCCCGCCUUGAGAUAUAUUUUAAACGACGCCUGCACACAAAGUACUUACGUAAACGGACCGCAUGUUACGCUAUAAAUAUGAGGCCAUCCCAUUUGCACUGUCGGCAUUAUUAUGAUAGUUACGUCAUCACCAGCUGAUCACGAAAUUGGGUUUUGCAGUUUUUGCAAGUGGUGGGUGAUCGUUGAGAUUUGGUUCAAGGGGGUGCAGCCAGCCGCCGUACUCAGCUGUGAGUCUGCGAAGGGCGCUUCACAGCGUCGAAGGAGAUUGAGUGUCGGUAACUCGGAAAGGGUGUUUCUUCGCUAGGAACUGAGCUCUUAACAAGCACAUCCUCACUUCAGUUUCAUCUGGCUGAUGAACUUAGGGUUCAUCGUGGAGCUCAUCUUUCUUUAGCGUCAUACAGUGAAAACUGGUGACUGCUUCGUUCAGAACUGGAGAAAAUUUCUUGGUACUGGGUGGUGGAGUGUCUUGGAAGGAAGGGGAGAGGUUCGUCCACGCUUUCGAGGAUCUUCAAAAGUUAGUCGGUGAGAGAGAGCAUUGUUUAUUAGCUCGUGAAGUGCUUUUGUCGCGAGAUAUAGGUCUUGGGACGAUAUUCGAGGAGCCGGGAGUCAUGAUUGUGAGCGGGGAGUCGAAGAUUAGGCAGUCUCACAAGCGCAACCGCCUCCGCGUGGGGUACGCUGAGGCACAACCAUCGUCGUGUGGACCAGUGCUCCAGAACCAUCAGCCAAUGAGCAACCCAAUCUGGAGUAAGGCGACGACGCCUGUUGUUGUGGUAGACGACGAGGACGAUGAUGUUGUUGUCUCAUCGCCGGCAGCUUUCGCUCAUGCCAAAUUGAAAGCAAGCAUAAGAGUAACACGACCUAGAUUGCCAGUGGAAGAGGAUCCAUUGGCAUUGCGUCUGGGCCGUGGAGAGACAUCACUGUGUAUUAUCGGGAAUCCGUCACCAUCUGGUGCAAGUCAGCAACAGCCCCGUUCAGGUCGCCGGGGGCGACAACUUCGGUCAAUUAUAGAUCUCGCGAAUACGCUUACUCCAGUGCGACAAACUUCCAUGAGUGAGGACUGUGUGCUUCUUUCUGACAUUCCUAAGACUAGGAAACGUAGACAUGUUCAACUGGAAUCCACUUGGGAGAUCCCCCCAAACUUGCCAGCUCAGGACAAAGAGGAGGAACCUAAACUGAAGUGCCCUAUUUGUGCGGAUGUAAUGAAAGCCGAGACAUCCACCAUUUGUGGUCAUAUUUUUUGUCAAGCUUGUAUUCAAAGUGCGAUCAAGGCACAGAAGAAAUGCCCUACCUGUCGGAAGAAGUUGACAUUGAAAAGCAUACAUCGGAUAUAUAUUUGAUCUGCACUCACAGUGCAUACUGCACGUUACCAGAACCAACUGCCAUAACUGCCAUUAGAUUUGUACAUUUUUAGGACGGAUGGUCUCACAGGUAGGAUAAGGUAAGUGAUUCAAUCAGAAGGGAUGCGGGGGGACUGAAAUCGUUUGCUGCAAUUGCAGAAAAGGAUUUCAUUUUUUAUUUUUCAGUUUUAUUUUUGCUCCUGUUGAAUCUGCACCAAGGUGCGUACCAGUGCGAUAACUUCACCUGCAGCUUCCUGCCCUCUCAGCUCACAUUGGGAGCAUUGAAGAGUGGAAUUACUGUACAUUCAACAUUUGUUUUGUAUUCUUAAAUUAACGUUUUCCUGGAUAUUUCUUCA